CUGUCAUCACACGCACACAACACAAAACUGCAAAGGAGGACAGCGAAAAAAACUGGCAGCAGGGAAUAUCAGCGCUGACGACGAUGCUGACGGGGGAUGCUGCACGUGGUUGGCGGCUGCCUGUUGCAGUGUUGGUGACAUCGCUGCUAUUGUUGUUGGUGGUGGUGGUGGCGUGCGUAGAAGGAGAACCGGGCACGCCGAUUGAAGCAGGAGCCACUGAACAUAUCCACGUUCACAUUGUUCCACACUCCCAUGUUGAUCAUGGCUGGCUCGCAACUCUCGAUCAGUACCAAAGCAAGGUGAACAGCAUCUUGGAAGGGGUGGUGCUGGCAUUGCACGAGGACAGGAGGCGGACGUUCAUGUGGACGGAGACGGUGUUCUUGCGGCGUUGGCUUGCUCAACGAGGGGAGAAGACGGCCCCAACACAAGGCACGGGCACGCCCUGGAGGCACCUCACACACAGCGUGGUUGCAUCGGGGCAACUGGAGUUCUGUUCUGGUGGUUUGGUCUCUCACGAUGAAGCAGCCUCGCGCAUCGAACCCAUCAUGGACAUUCACGAUCAAGGGCUGAUGUACUUGCAGGAAGAGUUUGGUAUUCGACCAAGGACAGCGUGCCAGCUCGAUCCAUUCGGCUAUGCUGCUGCUUCGCCUGGCAUUUUUUCAGCCAUGGGGUAUGAGCAUGUCAUCAUCGGACGAGUGCACCACAGCAUCAAGGCGAGGUUCAAAGCCGAUCACAAGCUGGACUUCUACUGGCAGACCCAUGCCUUGGAUGGGCAUGUUGCUGCGCAUAUGCUGUUUGACCACUACGACUGUCCCCGCUCCCUGCGUCUCAUCGAUCCACGUUUUCGCGUGACACGGGCAGCGGUGCAGGAGCUGGUGCGCAUCGCAAAGGAGCGGUCUUCAUCAUACAUCUCAGGCAACAUCCUCCUCCUCAUUGGGGAUGAUUUCAGCUUUUCAAGCCAGGCCUCGCGCAUUUUCUCCAACAUCCAACGCCUCUGUGCACUUACCAAUAAGGAGGCAGUGGGUGUGACGUGCAGCCUGAGCACGCCAUCCCGCUACUUUCGCGCCACCCGUCCACACCUUGAGAUGAAAGGGAUUGUUCACCAGCAAGGAUUCUUUCCAUACGAGGACAAGACCACCGACAACUACUGGAGCGGGUUCUACUGGUCCCGGCCAACGCUCAAGCGUUUAAUCGUUCGAGCCCAACACCAAGUAGAGGCGGCGACUACGGCCACUGCACUGCAACAUCUUCCAUUUGCCUCAGCCGCAUCGUCUCAGCCCCAACACUGGCGCCUGAAAGGCCUCGCCAAGCUCGCAGACCUUCGAUCACAGGCCGUGCACACCGCGUACGAGGACGCGAGCGAAGCUCCGCUGCUGCACAUGGACACGACGCCGGCCCGGGCAAGCCGCAGCGCGCCCCAGACAAUGAGGAAGACAGCUCAAGACGAGAAGGCCAACGCUGGCAACGCACGACCCAGACAGCGCUCGCAGCCCAGUGAAGACGUGGAGGUGGUGGAGGUGUUGGUGGCCAUGGUGCUUGAGCCGCUGCAAACAACGACCAUCUGCGUCUCUGACGCGUCCGUCAGCGAGUGCAGUGCACCAUGCUUUGUCUCCAGUGUCAAAACGGAGACACGCGGCCACGUGUCAAUCACAACGCCAACGCACACCAUGGCGAUUGACACACGCUCGCACGGCGCCCUUGAAGUCCACCGCACACUCCGUCGCCACCAGGCCGGUAGCCAGGAUGGCGUAUCCGCCAACGAGGCAUACACGAUUCAGUUUCGCGAAUAUCUGGCAGCAGACAUGGAAACUUAUUCGUCAGGCGCGUACAUCUUUCGUUCAUAUCUCCUCACAUUCGUGAUGGUGUGGAUUGGGUUUGGAUGGGGAUUUGCAUUGCUGCCGAUUCUCCUCGUUGCAAAGGUCAUCAUCACCGUCACCACAUUACGUCGCAGCUUCUGGGACAUUGUCGCUGGCCCACGACCGCUGCGCGUCGUGCGUGCGCUCUUCUCCUUCCUGCGCCGUCGCCCAUCCAUUCAAAUGCGACAAUUGCGAAGAGACCUUGUGUUGGCCACGGGUUGUGGUGUGAUCAUCGGAAGCGUGCUGUUCCUACUGCCGCGACUGCUGCCACGACACCUCCUCCUCUACAUAAUCAGCGUGGAUCAGCCGCAUGUGACGAUGCUGUUUGUGGGCGCAGCCUGUGCUGUUGUUGUUGCGACACUUGACAAGCUGUGGAUGGCCAUUCACGCAUCCCUGCACAUCCCGAUUGCGUUUGGCCUCUGGCUGCUCCUCGCCCAGUCCAUCCAAUCAAGACCGAUACCUAUCAACACGUCGCAUAUUGUCGUGCAGCAAGGGCCGCUGCAGACGCGUUUCCACAUCUCCACCAGCGCUCAUCAUCACGUGCAACUUCGGCAAGUGCAUGUUGGCAAUGAGACUGCUGGGCUGCAGCUUCGGGUUGCCGGUUCCCUGCCUCGCUUUUCUCAACUCUCCACCCGGAUUGGCAUCAACUACUGCAUCCCAUCUACAAAUGGACUGUGGACGGAUGAUCUCGUUGUCCGUGAGCAUCACCGUCAUGUCAUGCACAGGCUCGUGAACGGGAACUACAUGCCAGUGCCCGUGAUGGCGGGACAGUCGUGCAUGACGCAACAGCUGAUGGCUGUCUCGUCCCACCCAACCGGUGCCGUAUCCUUUGUGGACGGGCUUGAGCUUGGCUUCCACCGCCGCCCCGGUGUUGACGAUGAGCGCGGUCUUGUUGAGCCUUUGGAUGACCCUUCCUUUGCCGUGCACGACCUGUGGUUGCAGACGCUGCCCACCCACACAUCAACAUCACCGGAUGCUGUGGCGCGCGAGCGGCAGUUUGCCAGCGCGGUGCUCAGCCCGCCUGUCACGUCCCAUGCCUUUGAACAGGAGAUGGAUGGCCUGCCCGCACAGCUGCACGCGCGCACGCGUCCGCCGCUGCCGCCGCAUGUGCAGUUGCUGCACGUGGGCCCUCUGGAUCGCAAGAAGCACAACACGGGCGCGACCAGCGAUGGCUGUGUUGCCAUCCGCCUGCUCUCGCCGCGAUGCAGCGCCGCAAACACCGACCGGCAACCGACAGAGCAUGACUGGGAUGUGCUGCAAUGGUGCAACGGAUGGGCUGGCACCGUGGGCGGCGCCUGCAAGGAGACGGACGCAAUGUUUUUGGAAUGGAAUGUUGGUGUGAAGCAAUGCCAACCGCUCAGGCCAGGCAGCGUGUGCGCAAUGCUGGUGUGUGCUCACGAUGGAGCAUAA